AUUUACGCUUACGCCGGCCUUUGCCGUCCCCAAUCUUACUGCUCCUGUGAAUCUGUGAUCCCUGUCCCCCGUCUCGUCUUCGUGGCGUCAGCACAACACCUCUCCGGCUCCUCUCACCUCGCUCCUCGCUCCCUCACCAGCCCGGGAGGUUGCUGUGUGCGGCGGCGGCAGCAUGGAUGCUGCUAGUACGGUGCUGAAUCAGCUUCGUAUCCUCGGUCCUGUUGACGCUGUUUGCAGAUGUUGUUCCGAAGACAGCUUAGAACUUCCGAGCAUUAUGCACAGAUUGUUGUGUUGUACAUUAGGAGAGAAGGGAAUUGGAAAGACAACUAUAUCACCACUGUAUUACAGGGGAACAAGAUUUCACAGCAUUAUAAAGGGACUCAUGGCACAGGUGCAGGAGCCGUAGCUGAAGUAUCUCAUGUGGCGCUGCUGAUUACCUCAUCAAAGCCUAGAGUUUCAGUAUCUACAGCAAUAGAUCGUAGCUCAUCUGCCACUAUCUACUGAGAGAUCAAGAUCAUAUGAAUAUGAUGAUGAUUAUGGGCAGCCAAUCUCCAGGAUCUUUGCCCAUUUAGGAGUUGUACGGUCACCGUCAUCAGUACAAGGUUGCUUGUAGACUCUCUUCUGUCCCUAAACAAUUCAUUCCACCGUGUACCAGUUGUUGAGGGAAGAGCUGUCAAAGUAUCUGCUGGGAGGUAUCGGAAGAUAACCGUACUGAUCCACAUGUUCAGAAUGAUGGUAGAGAAUCGGAAUCCUAGAGAUAUUAUACCCAUGUUUAGAUAUAGCGUUUGGUGGACUUUGGCCUUUAUCACAGAAAUGAUCUCCAUCCCGCACUCCAAAUGCUCUGGAAUGUAAAUACCCACCCCGCUUCUGCAUUCGUAACCGUGACAGACGUUUGAAAUGUACCCCGUAUAUAUUUUUACACUCGAUUCAGCACGCAAGGAAAUCAUGUGGAGCAA